CAAUAUAAAAGAGUAGGAGCAUACAUAGACCACCAAAACAAAAUGGGGGAGACAAGAGGAAGGGUCCCACAUGUUCUUCUACUGGCUUUGAUACAAGGUGUGCUGAGCUCCAGCACUGUGGAGGUGCUUCCCUCUGAGAACCCGGCCUGUGCGGGCAACACGGUGACCCUGACGCUGUCUCCGGCCACACAGCUGCAGAGCGGCAGCUGGGCUGUGGGGGGCACUCAGAUCCUGACCUGGUCGGGGGGCCAGCAGGCUGUGUUCCCGAGCCACAACGGCAGGGCCUCGGUGAACGUCAGCACAGGGACUCUGACCCUGACCUCCAUCACGGUGGCUGACUCAGGGGUCUUUGUGGUCCAGAGCACCAGCCCUCAGCUCACAGCCACCUCCACCCUCACUGUGCUGGAACCUGUUUCUGCUUUGAGACUGGUGGCCAACAACACAGGCAAUUUAGUGGAAUUCAAAAGCUCUGUCAGUCUGUUUUGUUCUUCCUCUGGCUCCUCCCUCUCUUACCGCUGGCUGAAUGGCAACUCUGAAGUCACAGCCAGUGAUGGAAUUCAGCUUGGUGAUGGGAACAGCACUCUCACCAUAGUCAAUGUGACUCGAUACAACGAUGGGCCGUUUCGCUGUAAUGCUUUCAACGCCGUCAGUAAUGGAACCACUGAGCCUCUACAUCUCAAUAUCAGCUAUGGUCCAGACAGUGUGUCCUUCACAGUCAACAGGCUGAACACCACUACCUCUUUCCUGAUUGGGUCUACUCUGACCAUGUCCUGCUCGGCCCAGUCCAACCCUCAGGCUGAGUUUCAAUGGGCUUUCAAUGGGAAGCAUCUGAAUGGGACAAGUCCAGAUCUGAAGCUAUACAGUGCUGUGGAGAGCCAGAGUGGCCUAUACUCCUGCCUGGCCUUCAACAACAGAACCAUGAGCAACAGCAACGUCACUAGACAGAUCACCAUCAGCAGUGGGUCAGUGUCAGUACAGCUGGGGGUCAGUGUCUGGCUCCUCCUCCUCCUCUCCUCAUUGGCUGGGGUCCUCUUCUGAGCUCCAAUGGGCAAGCAUAUCUCACUGACUGGAAAAUAACACACAGGCCAAAUAAAGCAUUCAGUUAAAUGAACCCAUAAAAUAUAUUUAUUCAAACAUUCAUUUAAUUGACUUAGUGCCAUGGGCCAGGGCAAUGUGAAUAAAUUAUGUAAUUGACUGAAAAAAAAAAAAAAGAAUUUUAUAAUAUGGUGAAGUAAUAUCCUAGAUAUUGAUGUAACCGAACAUGGUCACUCUUGUGCAAUGUCAGACCACAGUGUGCAUCCUGUGAAAAAAAUGUAUAAUGGCUAUGAUAUCAGGAGGGUGUGUGUUCCCACUGGCUUGAAAUACACUGAGUAUACAAAACAUUAGGAACCUGCUCUUUCCAUGACAUAGACUGACCAGGUGAAUCCAGGUAAA